UCCAUCAAACAAUAUAUUAUAUUUUAUAUAUUUUACACUCCUAAUUAACAUAAUUGUGUGUGUGUAUGUUUUUACACACCAUUCUGAUACCGAUCACAUAGUUUUGUUUUUUUUAAAUGUACUAUUGGCUACAUGAUAUGAAAAAGGGAACCAUAAACUCAACUUCAUUUAGACAAAAACAUAUUUGACUUUUUCAAGAGAACAAAUGUCACUGGUGAAACUUAGAGGACGAGACGCCUUCUUUAAUCCAACCGACACACGCAGCAGAGCAGCGACAGAUCACUCAGAUCACACCACAAGGACACGGAACACAAUGCGCCUUCAUACGCUGUUAAAAACAACAACAAAAAAUCUGCGAAUCUGUGAAAAGUGAAUCGCGAUAUAGCGAAACACCGUAUUAAAUAUUAUAUACUACUAAUUAUUUGGACAAUAGCAUUUUUUGAAUAAUUAAACACUAAUUGUAACAAUUAAAAAAAAUAUUACUAAAUAAAAUACAUCCAUCCAUCCAUUUUCUAUACCGCUUCUUCCUCAUUAGGGUCGCGGGGGCAUGCUGGAGCCUAUCCCAGCUGACUUCGGGCGACAGGCGGGGUACACCCUGGACUGGUCAAACAACCAUUCACACUCACAUUCAUACCUAUGGACAAUUUAGAGUCUCCAAUUAACCUAACAUGCAUGUUUUUGGAAUGUGGGAGGAAACCGGAGUACCCGGAGAAAACCCACACACGCACAAAAUAAAAUAAAUAAAAUACAUUUGGACAAUACUUUGAGAUAUACAUAUAACCUCAAUUAUAUUUUAUUCUAAUUAUAAUUACGUGUGAAGAUUCAAACACAAACUUUAUGAAAAAGUCAUAAACAAUUACCAAGAUUACAGUAUAAAUCAUCUAGUUUAUUUUAUACGAUAAAUACAAAUAGUAGUAGCAGUAUUCGCUGCCUUUAGUAAUGGCUUGGUUGCAAGUUAAAAGACGUAAUGUGUCAGUGCUUCAGUGUAAAUGAUGAUUAAUAAUCUCUUGACUGCUCACUUUCUGGCAUGCGACAAAAAAGCUUGUUCUAUUGGUGCCACCAAGCGUCCAAAUCCUAAUCCGGUUAUAUAAAAUGUCCAUCCAAUCCCCUGCACACAAACUCGGGUGGCCAGAAGAGCAAGUUGAAGGACAGCACCAUGAUCAUCAUCGUGGACCUGGUGCUGAUGCUCAUCGACCUGACCUACGCCAUCCUGGCCGCCGUGGUGCAAACUUUCCUCCGGCCGCGGCUGAAGAGCAUCGACGGGGAGCUGUGCCUCAUCACCGGGGCAGGGGGUGCCUUGGGCCGCCUGUUCGCUGUAGAGUUCGCCAAAGAGGGGGCGCGGCUGGUGCUGUGGGACUGCAACGCGGCCGCCAACGAGCGCACCGCCCAGCUGGCGAGGGAGCACGGCGUCCAGGUGCACGCCUACACGGUGGACCUGUCCCGCCGGGAAAGCAUCUACCAGGCUGCGGAGCGAGUGAGGUCGGAGGUGGGCGACGUGUCCAUGCUGGUGAACAACGCAGGGGUGGUGGCCGGGAGGAGGCUGCUGGACUGCCCGGAUGAGCUUUUGGAGCGCACCCUGCUCGUCAAUUGCCACGCCUUGUUUUGGAUGACCAAGGCCUUCCUACCUCAGAUGAAAGCAAAGAACCACGGUCACAUCGUAACUGUCGCCAGCGCCCUUGGCCUCUUCAGCACUGCAUGUGUGGAGGUGAGACUUGUAAACGUGGCGGCGUCUGCUCCCAGAUGCCUAGGAAACAGCACAGAUUACUGUGCCAGUAAAUUUGGGGCAGUUGGUUUCCAUGAGUCCCUGACGCACGAGUUGCUAGCAGAGGAGCUGGAUGGAAUUAAAACCACUCUCGUCUGCCCGUAUAUUGUGGACACUGGGAUGUUUGCAGGCUGUGAGAUAAGGAAAGAGCUUCGCAGUCUCAUUCCACCGUUGGAGCCUUUGUACACGGUUCAGCAGUCCAUGACGGCCAUUUUAGCUGAACAGCAAAUGAUCUGCAUCCCUCGCCUUAUGUACAUCCCAUUUCUGACGAGAGCUUUGCUACCAUGGGAAGCAAAUGUCGCCACGUAUCGCUUCAUGGGCGGGGAUAAAUGCAUGUUGCCCUUCAUCAACAAUGUUGAACAGAGGACAUCUAACGGCUAUAUCAAGUCUUCCUGAAGCCAACCUCAUUGUGUCUGAAACCAAAGUGUAUUUUUUGCUGACAUCGAAUGGAGAAGUACUAUUUUUACACCAAUACUAUGUGUGUUGUCACAUGGCAUGUCAACUCAGGACUCAGUAUCAAUAAAAAAAUAAAAAAAAAAAACAGUAAGCAUGUGGUCUUAGUUUUAGCUAUUAUAAAAUUACAGAUGUCUGAGGACUGAUACUGCAAGGGACGACUGUACAAAAUGUCUCCUAAGAAGUCACGCUGGAGAAUGGGUUGGACAGACUGACGAAAGGACCAAAUUAUGGACUGAAGUGAUGUGGAGACCAUAACCAAUCUAUACAAGUGCCUCUUUUUAUUCACAUGAAACUGAAACAGACUAGACAUGAACAAAGCUACACAAUAUUCAAUCCUACAAAAAAAUAAAAAUAAAAAUAAUACAGAAAUGUGAAACUCAGACGUUUGGUGAAAGUUGUUUCUGCUCGUGCUGCAGUUGAAGUCAUCAUCAAUGCCAGAACUACCCAAACUGUUUUUUCCCCCAGCUUUUGCCUCCCAAAAAAAACAAAACAUGGUUUUUGGUCUCUGUAGUCUUAAAAUGUUUAAAAACUAAAUCACCAUCAGAGAAAAGCCACGUUUGUGAAUGAUUACCUCUGUGGGGAUUCCAUGGACUAACUGUAGUGGACUGUGUAAAGAUGGUGGUGUCACGCUCACACCAGUUGCACAUUGGCUCCCUGUAAAUAAGCCUGCAGGAACUGGAGGGCCUCUGCGUUUAGACUGGUGCUCAGCAUUGAUGGAACCUGCACCAAAAAAAACCAACACUAAUUAAUAACAGAAUGUUUCCCCACACAUUUUGCUGCACAUGGAGGCAUACCCGUCCCGGACAGGCCGUAGAAAGCUUGUGGAGGGACUGGGCCAGCAGUAUUUUGGGAUUGCCGACAGCAUCCCCGAUAGGGUCGUGCUCCUUCUUUCCAGCAAAGGCCAGUUGUGAGAAAGUGGUCUGAUAACCGGGCGUGUCUUCUAUGUCAAUGAAAUGCUCGUCGUCCGGGAUGCUGUUGUCUUCGGGCAGCUCAAAUAGACCAAUGAGGGCCUGGAGCAGUGGGGUCCUGAGAAAACACAUUCUGACUAUAUUAUCUUUUUUUUGUUUGUUGUUUUUUUUAAAAACAGAUAAUUGGCAUGUUCUCGAUUGUGGAACCCGUCUCAACCUAGCUGACACAAGCGGUUGUUGACAUAACCGAAAUGGAAAUAUAAACUAUCCACUGCUUGCAUGUUUACUUCUGACUAGGGAUGUCCUGAUCCACAUUUUUUGGCUUCCAAUACGAUCUGAAUUUUAUUAGUGUCUUGCCGAUCAGUUUUUUUUUUUUUUUAAUUUUUAAUAAGCCUUUGUUAGUAACAUGAAUUGUGGAAUUGAAUACGGUUAAGAAGAUACGUAGCUCUUCAAAGCAUUAAAAAUAAUGCAACCAAAGUAUUGCUCAAUUUUUUAUAACACAGCGUGACCAACAAUAUUGUUUGGCUUUUGCAACAAACCUCUGUGAGUCAGGUCCCUAGUCCAAUAAAAGAUCCAAUAAAAGUCCAAACAAUAAAAGAUAACAUUGGAAAAAAUGGGCGUGCAGAAUACUUUUAGGGUAGGACUAAUCA